AUGAUCUGCACCCUGUCCCCGAAUCAGAUUGGCUUUAGCCUAAGGAAAUUGGCUUUUCCUAACCGUUCCACGGAAGAAUCAUCGAUACAACGAGAUACAGGUGGAAGUUACAGGAAAGCCCAAUCGGCUCAAGUGAUUACUUUUAUGUACUAUCUCUCAUUGAUUGAUGAUAAUAUUUCGGCUAUAGAGCACUUGAGUCUUCCAUUUGAUUUGGCAAUUGGUCCACAUCAACUUCGGCACGCAUGUCAUUUGGCCUAUCGACACCCGCGACUGAAAUUGGUUUUGAAUCACUGUGGUCUCCCAGUCUAUUACACUGCAGCCCACGGAGUGAACAACCUGGCUUUCUCCUCGUGGCGCCAAGAUUUGGAAUUUCUGAGCCGAUAUCCUAAUGUGAGUUGCAAGGUGACUGGAGCUACUGGAAUGGCGACAAACUCGAAUGAUUGGUGCGCGCUUUCAUCCCUCUCACACGCAGUCAGCUGUUUUGGUUCCGAUCGAUGCAUUUUUGGAUCCGGUUGGCCACUUUGUCGCUUGAUCGAACCCACACAAACCGGUUGGGCGGAUCAGGCAAUUAUGGCCAAGUCCUUGGACACGGGCGAGGUUCCUGGUGAAAUUGCCGUGAAACGAGCGCGUCGCGGGGUCCCACUGUCCGUGCUUAACAUGUGGGAAUCUGCUCGAUUGGUCGAGUAUGCAAUGGGUGACGCAGGGUACGGUUCGAUCGAAGACAAGAAUAAAGUGUUCUCACUCAAUGCUCAGUCCAUCUAUAGUCUAACUAUUCGACCAUAUGGUUCCUGCCCCAAAACAUUGCGUUAA